UGUGUUGAAUAUAAUUUUAUUACAAUAAUAAUAAUUGAUAUACUUUCAUUAAGUAUUCAAAAUGUCGUCAUAUACCUCGAGAAACGCGCCUGCGGCUCCGGCGGUAGACAUCGCGCGCACAGUUGACUGUGUUUCGAUUUUAGUGACUAUUGUAUGAUUUCCAAAGUAAACCUAACAUAACACCAAAUUUUCUGAUUUACAAUGUAUAAAAAUUUUUUUUAAUUUGUCGCGGGUCUAUUUUUGGCAUCUCGUUGCCGAUGAUUAUAGUAUACUAAAUUGUUUUUCACAAUGAACUCACAAUUCCGUACGAGAACAAAAAAUCGUCGUCCUUGUGGAACAACACAUGCAUAAGCCGGGGGAAAUUUGUGAUUUUAGGAGUAUAAACACCGACGUGAAGAUGUUUACAAUCUUAAAAAAACGUCACGCUGACGAAAACAAUUUGCAAUUUUAACAAAAUGCAAUCGCGCACGUUAUCAGCGUCUUUCUGAGCCUUCCAAAAAUAUCAAAAGGGAUGGGGUUCGACCACGAAUUUAUUAAUAUGUUUGUCAAGUUUCUAAUCUACAGCCUUAGUAUAUAUAAUUUAUCUGUAAAAUCCAGAUUUAUUCAUGGCUUGUUUAAACCCAAUUAAAAAGGAUUUCGCAGUUAAAUUAAGGAAAGUAAUUUUAAUUUACUCAGGAACAUUAAUCGGACUCGGAAGCGAAAGUAGAAAACUAUGCAUUGUUGCAAAGAACGGUGUGUCAGAAACAGUCGAUGCUGAUGAUUGCCACAAACAUGAAGAUUGUUGUAAAACUGAGGAAGGAGAAAGUGCAGUUUGUUACGCUCAAGUUGACGCAGAAAAACUUACGGCAGAAGCUUCAAAGGCUGGAAAUGUCGACGAUACUGAUGAUUUGUAUGAAAAAGCUAUGAAAAUGAAGAAAGACAGCGCAAGAUUUCUUCGUUUACCAUCACCAGCAUUUCCUCAAAUUAUUCCAUUUCCAGCAAGUUGUAAACUAACACCGAAUGAGCCUUACGUUCUUGAUCCACCAGUUGAUAUUCCUUAUUGUAUCAGAAUCCCAUGUUCAGUCGACAAUGCAGCACUAGACACCGAUCCUAAUCUCUGUAGAUCACAACCUGGUUGUUAUUUUGACAAAGAAUUGUUUGAUUUCCGAAAAGUUUUUGGACCACGUAUUUUUCCAGAAGUUCCAGUUUGUCAUAUAGCAAUAAGAAAUGCUCUUUUUCAACAAAAAGCUCAAUUAGUCGUGAAAGAGCACCGAGUAUGGAAUCCUUUCUUCACAAACUGCAUUCUUAAAAGAAUUCUCACUAUUGAUGAGCCAACGAAAAGGUUGCGAACUUAUUCCAUUUUUUGACGUUUCUCACGUUAGUUUCCAAUUAGCCGGAUGGAAAGAUAUUACUUACAGAGAAUGUUCGUUGAUUGAUGGAUGUUUUAGAUACGGAUCCGGUUGUUAUUAUUCAAUUGUCAGGGUCAAAUCAAGUCCAUGCAGUCCUCCAACAGUUCCUCAGUUAGCUUCCAGCAGUAACUGUCCGUAUAAACCAUUCCCCUUUCCAAUAUUGGCUCCUCUUAAAGGAAGAUUCGACGGAUGUUGCGAGGUUAAUUUGUGUUAUCUUUCUAAAUCGGAGAUCUCAAAAAUGUAUUCUGGACCAUCUCUUAAGUCUUAAUUAUACUGAAUGGGACCUGUUUUCGUCCUGUUCAGUUACAUGUGGAGUUGGGCAAAAGCGCCGAUCUAGGAAAUGCAUUAGUGAGGAUGAAAGCAGAUGCACAGAACCUUUGGUUGAAGUAAGCACAUGUAAAGAGCAACCUUGCUCUUCAUGAAUUUAUGCAUAAGAUUGAUAUUCAAAUUUCGAUUUAAACUGCUUAUUCAAAAAUUUGUGCUUUCUUACUUAUUGCUAUAGUUCGUAAUCGCAUAAUAAAUACUGCUAAU